UCUGUCACUGCAGUAGAGAGAGGCACAUGAAAUGCUGAUUAAAAAUCAUUCAGAAUUAAAGUCUGUAAGAUCUGAGGAACAUCAAGGAGCUGGGGAAAAACUUUAAUGCCCUGAAACAAAACUGGAAAUAUGUCAUGGGAAAACAAACAAACAAAAAGACCUUCUGGCUUGACUCUGAGGAGGGAGAAGCUGGGAACUCCCCACAGACUGACUCGGCUGAGAAGUUUCUGCCAGUUUAAACAGAGUUAUAAGGAAAAUGAAGGUUUCCUCCUUCCCUCAUGGCCCUGUGGUGAGUUCCUCUCGGGCUGGCUACAUCAUGUUCUUCAUUAUUCUGUCCGUUCACAAAGGGGACUCAGCACAAUUUAAAGUGAUUGGACCUGACCACCCUGUCAUGGCCACUGCAGGUGAGGACAUUGUGUUACCCUGUCACCUCAGCCCCAGGGUAAGCGCUGAGAACAUGGAGGUGAGAUGGUACCGGUCCCAGUUCUAUUCCCUUGUGCACCUUUAUCGUGAUGGGGACGAUCAGAAUGAAAGGCAGAUGCCAGAAUAUCAGGGAAGGACAGAAUUUCUGAGAGAUGACAUUGCCAAUGGAAGCGUUGCCUUGAGAAUACGCCAUGUCAGACCCUCUGAUGAAGGACAGUACAGGUGCUUUUUUCGAUCAAGUGUUUUUCAUGAAGAAUCCCUGUUGGAACUGAAAGUAGCAGGUCUGGGCUCUGCUCCUCUCAUCUCCGUUGAGGGUUAUCAGGAUGGAGGGAUUCGAAUGGUGUGUCGAUCAGCUGGGUGGUACCCAGAGCCUGAGGUGCUGUGGAGAGAUCCCAGUGGACAGCCUUUAACAUCACUGUCAGAAACAAAACCCCGAGGGGCUAAUGGCCUGUUUGAGACACAGAGUUCUAUCAUUCUGUCAGAGACUUCUAACCAGAGCCUGUCCUGUCAGAUCAGGAACACCCUCCUCAACCAAGAAAAGGAGUCGACAGUUUAUAUAGCAGGUCCUUUUUUCCCAAGGGUGUCUCCCUGGAUGGUGGCUCUGUACCUGCUCCUGGUUAUUUCCUUUGUUUUGAUAGGCGUUGCUGCUUUUCUCUUCAAGUUAAGAGGAAACCUUCAUGCAGAAAUUGGGAAGAUCCAGGCUGAAAAACGGAAACUUCUUGAAAAUAUCAGUGAACUCCAAGAAGAAAUUAGGAGAUUGCAGGCAGAAAUUGGGAAACACCUUGACAAUAUCAGUGAACUCCAUGAAGAAAUUAGGGCACAUCUUGAAAAUAUUAGUGAACUGAAUGAAAAAAUUAGUGGACUUCAAAGAGAACUUGAAUGGAGAAAAGCCCUAGUUUGUCCAACGAAUGUGACCCUGGAUCCAAACACAGCAAAUGCCCAGCUCAUCGUGUCUGAGGAUCGGAAAAGCGUGAGGCGUGGAAUUGCACGGCAGGAGGUGCCGGACAACCCAGAGCGAUUCCAUUCUUUCUGUUUGCUGGGCUGUGAGAGGUUCAGCUCAGGGAGACAUUACUGGGAGGUGGAGGUGGGAGAUGGAGGGUUUUGGGCUGUGGGUGUUGCCAGAGAGUCUAUGAGGAGGAAGGGAGGGAUCAGAUUUAACCCUGAGCAGGGGAUCUGGGCUGUAGAGCGGUGUGGGGAUCAGUACCGGGCUCUCACCUCCCCGGAAACUCCCAUGCCCCUGAGUGAGAGACCUAAGAAGAUUGGGGUUUAUCUGGACUAUGAAGCGGAGUGGGUGGCAUUUUAUGAUACUGGUAAUGAGACCCUGAUCUUUUCUUUCAUGUCAGCGUCUUUCACGGGGGAGACAAUCCUUCCCUUCUUCUGGGUGGGGAUUGGAGUCCUGCUCAGAGUCUGCUCCUGAGGCCUGGAGAUGGGGAGGUAGCAAUAUCCCACUGGGGUUCACUCUGGUUGUGGACCAGAAAUGGACUGAACUAGUUGUUGUCCUGGGGACAGCUCAGAUGGUGUAAAACAAACCGCCGUGGUUCUAGAGAGGGGGAUUGGGGAGACAGAGAAGAUGUCAUGGGGGGUUGUAGGGAGCAUAGGCACCGACUCUGUGGGUGCCGCAGGGCUUGAGCACCCACAGGGAAAAAUUAGUGGGUGCUCUGCACCCACCGGAAGCCAAGCUCCCUUCACCCCCCACCCAACUCACCUCCUCCUCCUGCCCUGAGCACGCCGCGUCCCCACUCAUCCGCCUACCUCCCAGUGCUUCCCGCCGCCACACAGCUGUAGCAAGCUCCGGGAGGGAGGGGGAGGAGGCAGGAGCGGGGCGGGGACGGAGAUUUGGGGAAGGAGUUGGACGAGGGGCAGGGGUGGAGUUGGGCCGGGGCCGGGGCCGAGGGGGGUUGAGCACCCACUGGCGCCAGUAGAAGGUGGUGCCUAUGGUAGGGAGAGGAGACGCUGAAGACUGGAAAGGGAACGUGAGGCUUUACUGGGGAGGGAGAUGCUGGAAGGAAAUGGAGGGUGAAAGACAGGGAAAGGGGGUAAGGAAAGUAGAGAGAGAGGGAAUAGAACUGUUCAGUAUUAUGGAAAGUGAUUGUGUUUUCUUAACUCAGUCCCUUUGUUCAUGAAAAAAACUAGUUUCGGGCCUUAAAUUAUUCUUGCAGAUUUUGGACACUCUCUUCUCAGUGUUCUGAUUAUUACACUAUCAUUGAAUUGUUUGGAGUUCUCACAUUGCCUGACUGGAAAUAUA